AUGAGGUUGAACGUUGGAAUCGAAAAUAUUCUUGUUAAUGUAAUGCAAUUUGGUGCACAUGGAGAUGGCACAUCUGAUGAUUCACAAGCAUUUGCUAGUGCAUGGGAUAGUGCAUGUAACGCAGGUGGAAUGUCAACACUAGUUGUACCAGCGGGACAAUCAUUUAUGGUCACUAAAUUAAAUUUUAGUGGUCCGUGUACAGCCCAAAUCAAUAUUCAGGUGUUGUUUUUCCAUGCAUGCAAUAAUCUUAUUGUUCGUAAUUUGGAGAUUUCUAAUAGCCCACAAUCUCAUGUAUGCGUAAAUAUGUGCAAUGGUGCAACAUUCUCUCAUAUAUCUAUUAAUGCUCCUGCUACUAGUCCAAACACCGAUGGCUUUGACAUUUCUGAUUCUAGCAAUAUCUUGAUACAGGACUCCAAUAUAAAAUCUGGUGAUGAUUGUAUUGCCGUCAAUGGUGGCUGCUCUUUUAUCAAUGCUACUCGAGUUACUUGUGGACCAGGACAUGGAAUAAGUGUUGGUAGCCUUGGUAGAAGUGGAGAGCGUGAUACCGUUUCAGAUGUUUACGUACAAAAUUGCACAUUUAUUGAGACUUCAAAUGGAGCUAGAAUUAAGACAGUUCCGGGUGGAUCGGGUUAUGCAAAACAUAUUACUUUUGACCAAAUCAUCCUUCAAAAUGUUAAGAAUCCAAUAAUUAUAGAUCAAAAUUACGGUGUUGAUAAUGAGGCUACAAAUGUGGAAGUGAGUUUUGUGACAUAUAGAGGAUUUAGAGGAACUUCUGCUAGUGAUGUUGCUAUCAACUUAGUUUGUGGACCCUCGAUAGAUUCUACUUGUAAAAAUGCUCAUGGAACAGUUACAAAUACUAUUCCUAAUGUCUCUGGCCUAACCAAUUAA